ACCUGGGGCUGGGGAGCGGGGGGGGAGCCGCGGGCCGGGCCUCGCUACAGUCUCUUCUCCCCUUUAGCUGCGGUGCCCCCUGCGCGCAGCGGCGCCGCCUGCACACCAUGACGCGCGGAGAGAAGAAAGCUGACUAUACCACAUCACCUAUCCGUGGAUCUGGAGAUGGCAUGGAAACUGAGCAGCCACCUGAACCUGUAGAAGUAAUAUCUAGUGCACAGACUACAAGCCAUCAUAUCCAUCAUAUCCCGCACAAAAAGACAGUACCUUCACUGAGUCCUGGAGUUCUUCAGCUAGGAAAAGUAAAUGCUGACAAAUCAGUGGAGAUUGAAGCUGUUCGAAUCCUGGUUCCCAAAGCAGCUAUAACUCAUGUUGUCCCUACCAAAAAUGCUAAGUUGGCUAAAUCAGGGGGACACCAUAAAGGAGAGACGUUAUGUCAGUUAGAUGGAGCUGAAGAUGCUAAGAAAGAGCUGUUGGAGUUAAAAAAUGCAAUAGAAAAGCUAAAAAAUUCAGAAAGGAGACUGCUACAGGAUAAGGAAGGGCUCUGCAAUCAGCUGCGUGUACAGACAGAGGUCAAUCGAGAACUGAAGAAGCUGCUUGUUGCUUCUGUGGGAGAUGAUCUACAAUAUCACUUUGAGCGCAUGGCCCGGGAGAAAAAUCAGCUGAUCCUAGAAAAUGAAGCCCUAGGACGAAACAUGUCACAGCUGUCUGAGCAAUUGGAGCGGAUGUCUAUACAGUGUGAUGUGUGGCGGAGUAAAUUCCUGGCAAGCAGAGUCAUGGCCGAUGAGCUAACAAAUGCCAGAGCAAUUCUUCAGCGUCAAACCAGAGACGCGCAAAGUGCAAUUCAGGAUCUGUUGAGUGAACGUGACCAGUUCCGUCAAGAAAUGAUUGAUGCCCAGAAAGUGUUAGAGGAGCUACUGGUUUCUCUCCAGUGGGGAAGGCAGCAGACAUACUAUCCUAGUGCUCAGCCUCACACAACAGCAGAGCUGGCUGCUGUGAACCAUAAGCUGGCCAAAGCAGUGAGUUCCCACCUUCUUGGAAAUGUGGGCACUGGCAGUCCAAAAAAGACUUCCCUGCCAACAGAGUUCUGCAACACACCUGCUGAGAAAAUGGCUGAAAUGGUGCUACGAGUGCUGGAUCCAGCUACAUGUACAGAAACACCACCAGAAGUUCCCUUCUCUGAGUCCUCCCCAUCUUCCUUCCUUUCCACAAAGAAGAACAUUGGACGGUUUCACCCAUACACCAGAUAUGAAAACAUAACAUUCAAUUGCUGCAAUCACUGCCAGGGUGAACUGAUAGCUCUUUAAGUCUCACAGUGCUUGAGAAUAAAGCCCAUGUACUUGCAAAUAUGCUGUAUCUUCCCAUGAACAAUACUAUUUUCCAUUCUUUGCUAUGCCUUUCCUGGGGAUGACUUUCUUAUACUAGAUAUAAGUUUACACUUCUGUAUCUCUAAUGCUUAAGGACCAUGUACACUACACUCUGGGAUAUUUUUUUUCCCAGAGCUGGAAUAUAGUCAAUACAAUUUGUGCCUAUCUACAAAGGCUAUAAAGCAUUACAACAAAAAAAUUCCAGUGUAGGUAGGCCCUUAGCUGUAUAAGAUCAGUUGUUAUGUUAUGCAAUAUUAAUGGAUUUCUGCUCAGGGCAAGACAAAACAUGAAGCUAUUUAAGAAGAAUAACCAGCAAGUUUCCCAUUUGGAACUUUUGGAUGGUGCUUCUCUUUAAAAAUAAGCUGGAUGUGUGUUAACUGGAGAAACGUCAAGUUGUGGCAGCAUUUUCAGCUGAAAAGGCAUUGGAAUACACAAUCAGUUCCAUGCUUUAUUUAUUUUUCUCUAUACUAUAUGACAGACUUUUCUGGGAUGCUGUGUUUUUAUUCUAGUAACUGAGUUACAAAAGCAGGUGCAAUGACAUCAGUAUUCUGAAUUUUUAUCCUGAAGCCUGUCAAAAAACCCCCCAAACAACAACUUGAACUCUACGUACGAUAUUUAAAAAGGAUUUUUUGUUGAAUGGAAUGUGGAAGCUUGAGAGUGCGGUGAGGUUAUUUAUGUUUGCACAAGGUUGAAACAAGGGGAUAGAACCUUUGUUUUAACUUACAGAACCAAACUACUGUAUAGCUGAUGCAAAAAUAGGGCAGUGGCUCUAGUGCAUUAUCUCUGAAAACCAAAAUGUAUCCUAUUCCUAGAUCCCAGUUCAUUCUCAACCUCUUCCCUGUGUACAGCACCUCUGAAAAGGAUGAGGAUCAGGUACUACAUGUGGAUAGGCAGUAGAAGAAUAGUUUUUACUUACCUGACUUCAGUGUGAUUGAAGCAAGUUGAAAUACAGCCAGAGAAGAUUUAUUUUGGCAUUCCAUUCAACCAAAUUAGUUGAGAGUUGAAGGGUGCAAAUCCAUCAUCACAUGAAGGCACUUAAGAGUCUUACUCGUAGAAUAAUCUAUGCAGAUAGUUUACAGACCUCUAGUAUCCUGCCAUUCACAAGAGGCAUAACAUACAUGCCCUGUGUAUGUAAUUAAAGAAGAGGUUUCCAAAACAGUCAUUAAUGUUUAUCUGGUAAAUCUUGUACCAUGUAUAGGGAAUGUAAGUUUUACUUUCCUGUCUGCUACUGUUGGCCAUGCUUUGGCCUGUGCAAUGACAAUUUUGCAAUAAACCUCCUUUGCACAUUA